AUGUCCAAGCGGCAGGCCGACUCGCUCGAUGAUGCAGCACAGAGUGACUCGCCCGCAGCCAAACGCGCCCGCACCGAAGAGCUCGCCGACGACAACGAGGCGGCUUCCGCCAAUGGCCUGCCCAUUCGCCAGAACGGCCGCACUACGUCGCCUCGGCCUGGGGAGGGGGUAGACGACGCAGGUGCUACGGAGGAAACGCACCAGGGGCGGGAAGAUACAGGCGCCCCAGGCGACGAGGACGAUGAGCCCGCUGUCACAGCUCCAACGCGCCAGGCAGCUCCAGCCGAGGGCUACAACGACCUCUACCUGGACACAAUUGAUAGGAAGGUCUUGGACUUCGACUUUGAGAAGCUAUGCUCCGUCACGCUGUCGAAUAUCAACGUCUAUGCAUGCUUGGUGUGCGGACGAUACUACCAAGGCCGUGGGCCCAAAUCGCAGGCAUACUUCCACGCAUUGGAUGAGGGCCACCACGUGUACAUCAACUUGGAGACAAAGAAGGUCUACGUCUUGCCCGAGGGCUACGAGGUGACGAGUAAGUCGCUCGAGGACAUCAAGUUCGUGGCGGAUCCGAGACUGUCCAAAGAGGAAGUGAUGAAGCUCGACAAGGAACAGAAAACCGCCUGGGAUCUCGUCGGCCGCAAGUACAUACCCGGCUUUGUUGGUAUGAACAACAUCAAGGCCAACGACUAUUUCAACGUCGCCAUACACGCGCUCGCCCAUGUCACCCCUCUCCGCAAUUUCUUCAUGAUCGAAGGCCUCUCCUCUAGACCCCAGCUUGCACAGCGCUUCAGCACACUGGUACGCAAGAUAUGGAAUCCUCGUGCGUUCAAGGCACACGUCUCGCCCCACGAGCUUCUACAAGAAAUUGCGUUACGUUCGUCCAAACGCUUCACCCUUACAGAGCAGUCCGACCCUGUGGACUUCCUCCAGUGGUUUCUCAACAACCUGCACCUUUCCCUGGGGGGAAGCAGAAGCAAACCCGGCUCCAGCAUCGUGCAGCGCGUCUUUCAAGGCAGUCUGAAGAUCGAGUCUCAGCUCAUCACGGCGCGUGCCGACGCGGCAGAUCGCCUCCGGUUUGAGGACUCUGACGUGCAGUCUGAGAAGAGUCAUUUCAUGAUCCUCACUCUUGACCUCCCGCCUCGGCCGGUCUUCCAGGAUGAACUGGAGAAGAACAUCAUCCCCCAAGUGCCGCUGACCCGGAUCCUGUCCAAGUAUGAUGGCGUUUCGGCGCAGGAGCAUCUCAACUACCGCAAGCGCUACCGCUUGCUACACCCGCUACCGCCGUACCUGCUCUUCCAUAUCAAGCGCUUCAGUAAAAACAAGUUUGUCUCGGAACGAAAUCCUACCAUCGUCACUUUCCCUACGCGAAGCCUCGACUUGAGUCCUUACGUUGAGCCUAACCCUGCGAUCCACCCACCAGGCGAGCCCAUCUGGUAUGAUCUCGUCGCGAACAUCACGCACGAAGCCGUCCGGAUUCGUGACGAUAGUGUUGAAGGUGAGUCGGAGAAGAAAGUGUGGAGGGUGCAGCUGAGGGACAAAAGUCGGGAAGACUGGCUCGAGGUGCAGGAUUUAUUCGUGGAGAAGGCACGUGCGGAGACGCUGUUCACAAAGGAGAGCUACGUGCAGGUCUGGGAGAGGCGCAGAGAACCGAGAAAGGGAAAGGCCAAGGCGUGA